GCAAUAAAAAUAAAGAAUAAGCCAAAUAUAACCUUUGCUCAUGUCAUUAGUUCAUUAUGGUUUUAAAUAAAUACUGGGGGUUUGUAAUAAGUUGAGAAUAACAUAACAACUUAGGCCUUUUUCUUUUCUUGGUAUGAAUCUUGGGUAUCUCUUGGUUUAAGCUAUAAGGUUUUGAGUCUGCUAAUUAGUUAAGAAAAAAACAAAAAGAUAAAAUGAAAAGGUAAAAAAAAGCAUAUACUAGUAUAUAUCUAGUGUAAGAUAGUAGUAAGAAUAUCUAUUUACACAGAUCCCUAUGGCUAUCCAAUGCAGGGGUGCUAUCCAGCAUUGCUCGCUGAAACUCAUUCUCUUUGUUUAGUUUAAAGGGUCCAGUUUUUGUUCUCUUUUUAAAGAGUAAGAAAAGAAAGAGAAUGAGAAACUACAAGAAAGAGAGUUUGGGCUUUUUUCACCUUGAUUGAAGAGAAGACUUCUUUUCCUUUUCCUCUUUACUUGUGGGGAGCAGCACACAAAAAAAUUUCUUUGGUUUCAUGAGUUCUUACUGCAACUACACUACAAAAAAGAAAAAUCUUGGCCAAGUUUUUUCAUAUGCUGUGAAUCUUGAAUUUUAAAGAAAAACUUUACAAACUUACAAGAACAUCUCAACAACUGAAUGAAGAUGAAGUCCAACAGCAGCAACAGCAGCAAUAAUAAUAAUAGUAAUAGUCAUAAUGAUGGUAGUAGUAACUGGUUAGGUUUUUCUCUCUCUCCCCACAUGAAAAUGGAGGUUACUUCUUCUGAACCUCAACACCAACAUCAUCAGUUCAAUAAUCAGAGCUCUAUCCAUCCUAGUACUACUACCUCUGCUCUUGCUCAAAGUUUCUAUCUUUCAUCUUCUCCUAUGAAUGUGACUUCAAAUACCUCUGGUCUUUGUUAUGGUGUUGGAGAAAAUAAUCCCUUUGGCCAUUCUUCUUUAUCUGUUAUGCCUCUCAAAUCUGAUGGCUCUCUUUGCAUAAUGGAAGCUCUCUCAAGAUCUCAUGCAGAUGCUAUGGUGCAAAGUUCUUCAUCACCUAAGCUUGAGGACUUUUUAGGUGGUGCAAGUCAAUAUGGAAAUCAUGAGAGGGAAGCUAUGGCUCUAAGCUUAGACAGCUUAUACUAUCACCAAAAUGAAGGCUAUUAUUCUCCCAUGCAUUGUCAUGGCAUGUAUCAAGAAUCAUUAUUAGAAGAAACAAAGCCAACUCAAAUUUCAAACUGUGAUGCCCAAAUGACUGCAGUUUCUGGAAAUGAGCUGAAAAGUUGGGGACACUAUGCUAUUGACCAACAUAUAAAUGCCACUUGUAGUAGUAUGGUUGGUGCAGGUGGUGGUGGUACUACUGGUUCUGGUGGUUGUACAGUGGGUGGUAAUGAUUUGCAGUCUUUGAGCUUGUCUAUGAAUCCUGGUUCUCAGUCUAGCUGUGUUACUCAAAGACAAAUUUCUCCUAAUGAGCUGGAAUGUGUUGCCAUUGAAACAAAGAAAAGGGCUUCUGGAAAAGUUGUUCAAAAACAACCUGUUCAUAGGAAAUCUAUUGAUACAUUUGGUCAGAGAACUUCUCAGUAUAGAGGAGUCACUAGACAUAGGUGGACAGGUAGGUAUGAGGCGCAUUUGUGGGAUAAUAGUUGCAAGAAGGAAGGGCAGACAAGAAAAGGAAGACAAGUUUAUCUUGGGGGCUAUGAUAUGGAAGAGAAAGCUGCAAGAGCAUAUGAUUUAGCUGCACUGAAGUAUUGGGGACCUUCAACUCACAUUAACUUUCCGUUGGAGAACUACCAAAAAGAGCUUGAGGAUAUGAAGAAUAUGACCCGGCAAGAAUAUGUUGCACACUUAAGAAGGAAAAGUAGUGGAUUCUCAAGAGGUGCUUCAAUGUAUAGAGGAGUGACAAGGCACCAUCAGCAUGGAAGAUGGCAGGCAAGAAUUGGAAGAGUUGCAGGGAACAAAGAUCUCUAUCUUGGGACUUUCAGCACACAAGAAGAAGCUGCAGAAGCAUAUGAUGUUGCUGCAAUAAAAUUCAGGGGUGUAAAUGCUGUCACAAACUUUGACAUAUCGCGAUACGACGUGGAAAAAAUCAUGGCUAGUAAUACUCUUCCUGCUGGAGAAUUAGCUAGGAGAAACAAAGAAAGAGAGCCAAUAGAGUCCAUUGAAUACAAUCUCACCGGUCACAAGAAUGAACAACCGUGUGUUCAAAAUGACGACAACAACAACAACAAUGGGAAUAAUGUCACAGAUUGGAAAAUGGUGUCAUAUCAAUCCUCUAAUCCUUCCCUAGGAAAUUAUAGAACCCCAACUUUCUCAAUGGCAUUACAAGAUCUAAUUGGUAUUGAUUUGAUGAAUUCAAGUAACCAUGCAAUUCUUGAUGAUCAACAGAACAAGAUUGGUAACCAUUUUUCAAAUGCCUCAUCUUUGGUUACUAGCCUUGGCAGUUCAAGAGAAGCAAGUCCUGAUAAAAGUGCAGCCUCUUUAGUCUUUGCUAAGCCUACAAAUGUCAAUGCAUGUAUUCCCUCUGCUCAACUGAGGCCAAUUCCAGUCUCCAUUUCUCACCUACCAGUCUUUGCUGCCUUGAAUGAUGCAUGA